AGGAUCCCCACUGCCAGCAUGUGGGGUGCCGUGGGUGCCGUGGGGCUGGUGUGGGCCACAGACUGGCGUUUGAUCCUGGACUGGGUACCUUACAUCAAUGGCAAGUUUAAGAAGGAUAAUUAGGAAAACCCCGUCACACUCAGGAUCUCCCUGGCUCACACCUGCUGUCUCAGGAACAGUUCAGCUUCGUGAAGGAUGCUGAGGAAGCUGGACAUGGCCAAGUCCCGCAGCUCCCGGGGAGCCUCUGCGCAGAUGCACACUUGGGCUGCCUUGAUGGGUGUACAUUAAACCUUGUUCUCACA